AUGCCCGUGCAUGCCAUCCCUGACACGAUGACAUCAUGCAAAAAUGACAUCAUCACAUCAUGGACGUCGCACGGCGAUGCUCUGAACACAUACAAACCGGUGAACAAAGACGACAUCAGAGCAUUAAUAGAUACCAGACUGAGGAGAAAAGGUAGUCACCAACAAGAAAAUGAAGACCCAGAACAAGAAUAUGUCCUCGAUCCUUGUCCUCAGCCUCUUACAUUAGCUCAGAAAUGUGGCUUGGUGGAGCCUCCUGCACUGCCACUAACAACAGAUGAACGGGAGCACGUAAAGCAACGAUCCAUAAAGCAAGGAGGUUCUGUACAUCCUUGCGCCAUAUGCAGAGAAGAAUUUGCACUUCAGCCACAGGUGCUGCUGUCGUGUUCCCCUGUGUUUCACAGAGCAUGCCUGAAAGCUUUUGAAAGAUUUGCAGGUAAAAAGACCUGUUCAAUGCGUAGAAAGAUCCAGUAUCAAACUCGAGUAAUUCAUGAUGGAGCACGCCUAUUUAGAAUCAAGUGUGCUACAAGAAUUCAAGCUUGCUGGAGAGGGUACAUUGUUAGAAAAUGGUAUAAGAACCUGGAAAAAAACAGUGCUUCCAAAAGAUCCCAAAUUACGGAAAAAAAAUUCUUUGAAGAAAAGUUUACAGAGAUUUGCCAAUGCUUGCAGAAUUCAUACAAUAACAAUGCAGAUAAACUCUUCUCUGAGAUUGGUUCUGCAAUAACUGCAAGUCAAGCUAUAUUUCAAGAACUGGACAAAAAGCUGGGCCCUUUCAUAAGUGAGGCCGAACGGGGGGAAAUACAUAUGCAGGCACUGAGGCAAGAUGCAGCUGACUGCCCAAUUUGCAUUAUGCCAUUCAGUCAUCCGACUGGUCUUCAGGAUGGACUUCCCCAGAACGGCCACCAGUCAUGUUCACGCAAGACUGUUCUGCUUUCCUGCUCACACAUGUACCACAAUGCCUGCCUUCAGGAGAGCCAGUUCGGCAUUCCCAGGGUCCAGCUGUUCUUCGACGAUGUGCUGAUUGCAGCAGCCACCGGGGACGAAUUCACCGACCAUCUUCGAAUGGUGUUGCAGCAUUUCGAGGGGGCAGGCUUGCUGGCGCACUUUGACAAGCAGCUACCUGUCAUGCUUGAGUGCGAUGCCUCGCCUUACGGGGUCGGUGCCAUGUUGGCCCACAGACUGCCGGAUGGUCGCGAGGUUCCAGUAGGAUAUUAUUCCAGGACCUUACAGAAACCAGAGCGAAACUACGCUCAGAUAGACAAAGAGGACCUGGCUAUUGUGGCAGGGGUAAAAAAAUUCCACGAUCACCUGUACAGCCGGCCCUUUACUAUCUUGACGGACCACAAGCCACUGCUGGGCCUGUUCACCCCCGACUGA